AUGGUCGAUAAUUUGAUAGCUUAUUUACUUGCUAUAAUUUUAGGUGCAAUAAGUUUUUUCAUUUAUAAAACUUUAAUUGAACCUUUUUACUUGUCACCAUUAUGUAAAAUACCUGGACCACCUUCUAAAAGUCUUUUGUUUGGAAAUAUUUUAACCAUUCUGAAUUCCGAUAAAUAUGGAGGAAUAAUUGUAUAUCAUGGAUUUUUAAACAAACCAUAUCUACUUUUAACAGAUCCUAAAAGCCAUCCACAAAUAUUCACUUCUUAUGAAUUUACUAAAUCAAAAGAUUUGAGUACAGAUUUAAAACUUAUAUUAGGAGAUGGAAUUUUGUUUGCUGAAGGUGAUCAACACAAACGUCAAAGGAAAAUGAUGAACCCAGCAUUCUCUUUUACAAACUUGAAAGAAAUGGUCCCUACAAUUAUCAAUGUUACUAAUAAAUUGAAUAAUGUGUUGAAUGAUGUGAUUGGUGAUCAAGAUGAAAAACUAAUUACAAAUAUUAAUUCAUAUGUAUCAAAAGCUACAUUAGAUAUUAUUGGCUUAGUUGGAUUUCAAUAUGAAUUUAAUUCACUUAGUUCUGAGAAUGAAUUAGCAACUGCUUAUGAAGCACUUUUUAAUGUUAAAUUAACAUUCAAGAAUUUCAUGCUAAUGGUUAUUUCAAAUAAACUCAGAUGGUUUAGAUCUUUGCCAUUUGAAGAAAAUAUAAAAAUGACUAAAUCUGUUAAAGUUAUUGAAAGAAUUUCCUUACAACUAAUUAGAGAAAGACAAAAACAAGCACAAUUAAAAAAAUUGGAAGGAAAAGAUUUGUUGUCUUUAUUAAUUAAUAUUAAUCAAGACUUGCCACCAGAAGAAAAAAU